AUGGCCCCCCACGACGGCGUCAGCCAGCUGCCCACCCUCGUCGCCGCGCCCCUCGCGGUCGUCGACGACGCCCCACCGUCUUCCCCCACCUCCUUCGACGAGAAGGCAGACGUCAAGAUCCUCGGGAGGCGCACCGACACCGCGGCAUCGUUCGACUCCGCCGACGCGAAGGCGGAGGGCGGUCCGGGCACCCUCUACGACGAACUUGAGGGCGACAGCACCGUCCAGCUCGUGAACGGCGAGCCGGUCAUCACCGACGGCCGCGACGUCUCCCGCUUCCUCAUCGACCCCCGCGACGACGGCGACGCUGCCCUCACCUUCCGCUCGCUGUGCAUCGGAACCGUGCUCGCCGGGCUCGGGGCGGCGCUCUGUCAGAUCUAUCUCUUCAAGCCGAUCCAGAUGACGGUCUCGACCGUGUUCCUCAUGCUCAUCAUCUACAGCAUCGGCAAGGCGUGGGCGCGCUGGCUCCCAACGGCAAACGGUAAACUGACGCCUUCGCAGCAUGUGGUCGCCUCGCUCGUGGCAUCUACUGCCGCCGGCGGAAGCACCGCUGUAAUGAAUUUUGCCGUGCAGCGUCUGUACUACGACACCAACGUAGAGGCGACUACCGCCGUGCUCGCGACAUUCUCUACCGCAUGCUUUGGAUACGGUCUGGUGGGCAUCCUCCGUCCGUUAAGUGUAUACCCAAGCGAGAUGGUGUACUGGGCCAAUCUCCCGACCGUCACCAUCUUCCAAAGUAUAUUCGCCCCAACGCCGCCGAUAACUCGCCUUAAGCUCUUUUGGGCGUCCUUCACGGGGAUGUUCAUCUGGGAGAUUUUCCCGGCGUACAUCUUCCCGCUCCUGAACGGCAUCAACAUAUUCUGUUUGACGACUCAGCACGUUCCGAGCGGCGCGCAGGAUUACAUCGGUUCUAGCUACUUGAGCUUUCCUUUGAUCCAACAAGCGAACUCCUGGGUCGGAUACGUGAUCUGCUACAUCGUGAUCAUGGGCAUAUACUAUACCAACGCGUGGAAUUCCUUGGCCUUCCCGAUGCUCUCCACGUCGCUCUUCGCGCAGAACGGCACCGUGUACAACCAGCGCUACGUCUUCGGGCCCACGUUCACCCUCAACGAGACCGCGCUCGAGGAGAUCGGUCUCCCCGCGCUCACCGGGUCGAACGCGUGGGCGAACCUGACGGCAAACCUCGGGAUCGGUGGCCUCUCGUUCAAGCAGGCGCGGGACAAGUCGCAGCCGGACCCGCACUGGAAGAUCGUCAACAUGAGGUACAAGGAGGUUCCCUGGUACUGGUACGGCGCCUCCGUCCGCUGGUUCGCAGGGCAGACCACGCUCCCGUGGUGGUCGUACAUCCUUGCGCUCCUGGUGGAGGUGAGACCAAUCCCGUCCGCAUUCAUUACGCCGUUCUCGACGAUCCUGUUCGCGCGCAUGGGCAACGGUAUCGCGACGAACCAGCUGAUGAAAUGGUCGCCGCCAGCCCAGAACUCAUCUCACCCCGUCGGACUUGUGCAGUUCUCGAUGUGGAGCCACGACGUGGUCAAUGGGCAAUACCUGAAGAUCCCGCCUCGUGUGAUGUUCCUCACGCAGAUCUGGGGCACCAUCCUCGGUACGCGCAUCGUGAACUACGUCGUCAUGAUCUCCGUCGUCGACGCCCAGCGCGAGAUCCUCCUCCAGCCCCGCGGCACGAACAUCUGGAGCGGCCAGUACCCGCAGUCCCUCAACAGCGCCGCGGUGACCUGGUCGCUCGCGAAGGAGCUCUACGGUCCCAGCGGGCCCUACUUCUGGAUCCCGCUCAGCCUCCUGCUCGGCAUGAUCCCCACCGCGAUCCAGUGGCUCAUCGUCAAGCGCUACCCGACGAUCCGCGGCUUCCGCGUGGACUCGGUCGUGCUCCCGAUCAUCUACCAGUACUCGUCCUGGAUGUCCGCGGGGACGAACUCGCCCGUGUUCGCGUCCGUGCUCGUCGGGCUCGCGUCCCAGCUCUGGCUCCGCCGCUACCACCCGGCCUGGUUCCGGAAGUACAACUACGUGCUCGGCGGCGCGCUCGACGGCGGCGCGCAGGUCAUGGUCUUCGUCCUCAGCUUCGCCGUCUUCGGCGCCUCGGGCGUGCCCAGGCCGUUCCCCGCCUGGGCGGGCAACCCCGCCGUCGGCAACGUGGACUACUGCAACGGGAACGGGGCGUUGGAUUGA